GCCUUAACCCUGCUUCUCGCCGGUCAUUUUGUGGAACAGGAGAUCCGGAACCCUAGAGCACAGAUCAAAAGGAAAUCCAACCAAAAACAAGGUCCUCCACCAUGGAUUCUGCUGCUCGACGAAGCAGAGGCGGCCUUCUCGAAGGUCUAUACAAGGUGAUUAUGCGCCGGAACUCUGUAUAUGUCACCUUCAUUAUUGCCGGCGCUUUCCUCGGAGAACGGGCUGUGGAUUACGGAGUUCACAAGCUCUGGGAGUACAAUAACGUUGGGAAACGAUACGAAGACAUUCCUGUGUUGGGGCAGAGGCAAUCAGAGGAGUGAUUUGUUCGACCAUCUUUUUGACCUUCUGUGAGUUUAAUACCUUGGAAAUAUGGGUGUGAACAUCAACAGCUCUAUGGCAAUUUCCAUUCCUGCAAUAAGGUCGUACGCUUGUUUUUGGUCUUGGCUCCCAAAUCAUCAUCUCUGUUGUUGGAUUUAGAAAUAUUGAAAUAGUCCUUAACAGACUUUUGUGUUUCCUGAACGAAUUUGUCCGUAAAAUUUUGGAUUAUGCAAUUAACCAGCUCACUUUCAGGAAGUUUGUGUUGGGCUCA